AUGAUGCUGUCGGUGAUUCCGCUAGCGGCAAUCGCUACUAUGGUAUACGCCAAAUUUGUAGAGCAGCUGUCGAAGGACUACCAGAAGGAGCUGGCCUCGUCCACUGAAGUAGCGAGCGAAGCUCUGAGUAACAUUCGCGUUGUGAAGACGUUCCCUCGAGGGGAGGCUAAGGCCGAGACUCGGUACUCCCAGCAUAUUGAUCGGAGCUAUGCUAUCGGGGUUAAGAAGUCGUUUGGUCUAGGAGGCUUCGGCUGGGUGGUGGGUAUUAUGAUAUAUGUGUCGAUGACAGGCGUGGUAUGGUAUGGUGCUGGCCUGGUCCUCAGUGGAGACAUGCUCCCUGGUACGCUCAUGGCGUUCCUAUUCUACAGCGUAGGCAGUAUCGGAGGGUCUGUGGCGGGCUUAUCGGAGGUAGUCUCCAAGCUAGCCGAGACGAUGGGUGCUACAGCCAAGGUCUUCGAGUAUAUUGACAGAGAACCACAACAGCAGGUCUCUGAGGAGGCUGACUACGAGCCGAUCAUAUGCUCUGGUCGCCUUUCCUUUACUGAGGUUCGUUUCCACUACCCGAGUAGAGCGGAUAUCGAAGUGCUCAAAGGUGUGACCUUCAGCGUGGAGCCAGGCCAGACAAUGGCUCUGGUUGGCCGCAGUGGAGUUGGCAAAUCGACUUGCAUUUCCCUUAUACUGCGUUUUUAUGACCCUACGGCUGGGAUGAUCGCGGUGGAUGGGAGGAGUUUGGCGACGCUUAAGGACGACUGUUUGAGGAGGAACAUCUCUCUCGUGGCGCAGGAACCCGUGCUUUUCUCAACGUCCAUCAUGGAUAACAUUAAAUACGGCACGGAUGGAGAUGUCACUCGCGAGGAGGUUGAAGCGGCCGCUAAGGCAGCGUAUUGUCAUGAGUUCAUCACGUCCUUUCCAGAAGGCUAUGACACCCUCGUUGGGGAGAGAGGAGUGCAGCUGAGUGGAGGGCAGAAGCAACGAGUAGCUAUAGCACGGUCCAUGAUAGCAUCCCCGAGGAUACUACUACUGGACGAGGCGACCAGCGCUCUUGAUGCUGAGAAUGAGAGGAAGGUUCAGGAGGCCUUGGAUGAGCUGAGCUCCUCACGAACAACCAUAGUGGUCGCGCAUCGGCUGUCGACAGUGCAGAACGCUGAUGUGGUCGUUUACAUGGAAGACGGUCGGGUAGCGGAGAUGGGCUCCCAUCAACAGUUAGUGUCGAGGAAGAACGGCAACUUGAUCAUGGCUCGACAUCGUUUCUGGAAUGAAUUCUGGCUCGAGAACGGUGGAGUUGUGUUGAAAAGUCUCGGGUUGGUACUUGAUGCCGUUAUGAAGUGA